AUGGUGAAAAGGAUGUUGGGCUUUGAAGGUAGUUUUGUGGUGGAGGCCCGGGGGCAUAGUGGUGGUUUAGCAAUGUUGUGGAGUAAGGAGGAGGAGGGUAAAUUACUAAGCUUCAGUCAUAACCAUAUUGAUUUGGAGGUCACCAUUGAAGGCUAUCCUCAAUUUCGAGCAACUGGAUUCUAUGGAGAGCCCCAAAGGAGUCUUCGGCCAAAUUCAUGGCAAGCUAUUCGACAACUUUCGGGUGAGUCUUCUUUGCCUUGGUGUUUGUUAGGAGACUUGAAUAAUACAUUGAACCAUAGUGAUAAGAGGGGUGGCCGCCCUUACCCGAAUUGGUUACUUACUGGCUUCCAAGAUGUUGUUUCGGAAUGUCAUCUUAUUGAUAUGGAUCUUCGUGGUCAUCCCUACACUUGGGAGAAAGGAAAGGGUACGGAUCAAUGGGUCGAGGUAAGGUUGGAUCGAGCUCUUAUUUCUCAUGAUUGGCAAACAUUAUUUCCUUCGGCUUUUCUUGAAAAUUUGGAAGUUACAGUGUCGGAUCAUUGUCCUAUAUGGGUUAAUCUUUCCAAGUCAAAACCGGUGCAAGUUCAUAAAAAAUUCCGUUAUGAGAACGCGUGGUCUCGUGAACCGAUGUGUAGGCAGAUUGUACAAGCUAGUUGGGAGGAUAGUUCACUUCAGUCUAUACAUGUCAAGUUGAAUUCGUGUAGUAGUGCUCUUGCUGAGUGGGGUAGAGACAUCACAGGGAAUUUUAAUAAACAAAUUCGACAAUGCAAUAAGUCUUUGAAGCUCUUGAAAGGGAGAAGAGAUCUUGUGUCUGUCUCGCGCUACAAGGAAAUUCAAGCUCAGUUAUCUGAAGUUUUGUCAAAGAAGGAAGUUUUCUGGAGGCAACGGUCUAAGCAAUUGUGGUUACAAGCUGGGGACCAAAACACCAAGUAUUUUCAUGCUUGUGCUAGUAGUCGAAAAAGAAGUAAUCAGAUCGUUAGGCUGAAGAAUGAUGAUGGUUUAUGGGUCGACUGGGCCAAUGGACUUCCAGAUGUCAUGAGUAGAUAUUACACCGAGUUGUUCACUUCAUCUUGUUCGAACUGGCAGAGGGUAAUUGACUGUGUGGUUUCUCGUGUGUCUGAGGAUCAAAACCGAGACUUGUUAAUGGUGGUGGAAGAGGAAGAAGUUCGAAGAGCGCUUUUUCAAAUGCAUCCUGAUAAAUCGCCAGGCCCUGACGGAUUUAAUCCUGGUUUUUAUCAGAAGCAUUGGGAUAUAGUCGGGAAGGACAUUACAACUUUGGUUCAGCGGUUCUUUUCUUGUGGUGAGUUUCCUGAUUACCUUAUACAUACUAAUGUAGUGCUUAUUCCGAAAAAGUCCCAUCCUGAAAGUAUGAAUGAGUUGAGGCCGAUUGCUUUAUGCAAUGUUAUCUACAAGAUUUUAUCGAAAGUAUUGGCUAAUAGACUCAAAGGGAUUCUCACUCAAGUUAUUUCAGAAACUCAAAGCGCUUUCUUACCUGGGCGGCUAAUUACUGAUAACAUUUUGAUUUCGUAUGAGAUAAUGCACUAUCUCAAACGAAAACAAAAGGGUAAACAAGGCUUCAUGGCAAUUAAGCUGGACAUGAGCAAGGCGUACGAUAGAGUUGAAUGGGGUUUUUUGGAAGCCAUGAUGAAAAAGUUGGGCUUCCAAGAUCAGUGUAUUCGUUUAAUUUUGAAGUGUGUGAGUUCGGUAGCCUAUAAGUUUGUAGUAGGAGAGCAUGAGGUUGGUCCUAUUGUCCCUUCACGAGGCUUAAGACAAGGUGAUCCGCUAUCGCCUUACCUGUUCCUUUUGUGUGCUGAAAGCUUUUCUGCUCUGCUACAUGACUUUGAGAGACGGGGUAAGGUUCGGGGUUGUAAAGUGGCUAGGGGAGCUCCUUUAAUAUCACACAUGCUGUUUGCGGAUGAUAGUUACAUUUACUGUCAGGCCUCAGAGGAUGGAGCAAGAAAUGUGGUUUGUUUACUGGAACACUUUCAAGAAGCUUCGGGUCAACAAAUCAAUUGUCAGAAGUCUUCCCUUUUUUUCAGUCCGAAUACUGGUCAUGAUGAGAAAGUCUGGAUUUGUACAAUGAUGGGGAUUCAGGAAGCAAAUGAAAAUAGCCUAUACUUGGGUCUUCCGAAUACACUGGGCCGUAAUAAGACUGCAAUGUUGGGGUUUUUGAAACAUAGAAUGAGGAAGAAAAUUCAAAGUUGGGAAGGGAAGUUUUUAUCAAAAGCUGGGAAAGAAUUGCUUAUUAAAACAGUGGCCCAAUCCCUUCCUAGUUACGCAAUGAAUGUCUUUUUGUUACCUGUGGAGACUUGUCAGGAAAUGGAACAACUAAUGUGUAAAUUUUGGUGGCAAUCCUCUACUAAGAACAAUAAAGGCAUACAUUGGAAGAGUUGGGACAAACUUACCAUUCACAAAUCUAAAGGGGGUAUGGGCUUUAGAAAUCUUAGAGAUUUCAACCUUAGUUUAUUGAGUAAGCAAGGUUGGCGUCUUUUAUCUUUUCCGGAGUCUUCGGUAAGUAGAAUUUUUAGAGCCCGUUAUUACAAGAAUGGAAAUUUUCUCUCGGCGGAGCUAGGUGGUAAUCCGAGUUUUGUUUGGCGCAGUAUUCAUGAAACUCAAGACUUGGUGCGCAAUGGGGUAACAUGUCGCAUUGGUAAUGGGACUAAGGUGAACAUUAUUCGGGAUCCGUGGUUACCCGACCCUGCAAAUCCAAUUGUUACUUCCUCUCAUCCGGCCUUAUUGGACAAAAAUGUUAGUGUGUUGAUGGUUCCUGGAGAGUUAGCUUGGGAUGGAGACUUGGUGCGAGAUUUGUUUAACAACAGGGAUUCUAAUUUAAUUCUUAGUAUUCCCUUAUCUUCAAGUCGGAUAUGUGAUUCCUGGUUUUGGAACUUGGAAAAAACUGGGCACUUUACAGUUAAAUCAACAUACAGAUAUUUGCAAAUGAAUAAGGAAGCAGGAGUUAAUUUAUAUAGCUCAGGGGUUUGGAAACUGAUUUGGAAAUUACGUGUUCCUCCUAAAGCUAAGGAUUUGUUAUGGCGAGCGACUUCAGAUUGUCUUCCCACGAAAACAAGGCUCCAAUCAAGACAUGUACCGAUACAGAGCAAUUGUCCCAGGUGUGUUAAUCAACCUGAGACUCCGUUUCACUGCUUGGUUGACUGUCCUUUUGCUGCACAAUGUUGGAACUGCAGUGGUAUCACGUUAAAUAUUCAGGGCUAUGUUUCUUUUGUUGGUUGGUUGGAAGCUGUAUUUGAUCGAAUUGAUGCAGCCACUAGAGAGCAAGUUGCCGUGACCUGCUGGGCGAUUUGGAAAACCAGAAACGAUCUGGUCUGGUCUGAGAAAGUGUCUACAGCCGAGAGUGUAGCUGUUCUUGCUCAAGUUACCCUCUCGAAUUGGUCUCAAGCUCAAGACAGAUCAUUCGUCCCUAUACCUGCUUAUCUCUCUGCUGCGGAUGGCUCGGAUACGUGGCAGAAACCAGCUGCUACAUUGAUUAAAAUCAAUGUUGAUGCUGUAAUUUUUGACAGCAAUGGCACAUAUAGUUUUGUGUGUGUUGCUCGGGAUGCAAGUGGUAAUUUGGUGGAGGCUAUCACAUGUUGUAGGGCUGGUAUUGUUCAACCGGAGAUGGCUGAGGCCAUGGGGGUUCGUGAAGCUCUCAGCUGGAUUAAGAAGAAGGCUUGGCACGGGGUAGUUGUGGAGUCGGAUUGUCUCUCGGUGAUUCAAGCAAUUCGUAGUAACCUUCCUUUAUUAUCUUAUUUUGGAAGUGUUAUAUCUGAUUGCAAAUUGUUAUUGGAACAAAUUGGUGAUGUUUCUAUUUAUUUUAUUAAGCGGUCUGCUAAUAGCGUUGCUCACUCCUUUGCGAGGGCUUCCUAUUUUGUUGCUGAUCGUACUCUUUUAAGCAAUGACGUUUCUACUGACUUGCUUCAUAGCAGCAAAGAUAGGCUUUCCUGUCCGAUCCAUUCCAGCCAUAGUCGUGUUUCUCUUCUCCGACGAAGCUAUAAUAAUCAAUCAAGUCAAGAAUCUCAGGGUGAAACAACGAUUCAAACCGCCAUUAGAGAUACUCAGAAUGCAUCUCUGCAAGUUUCAGCUUCAAGAAAUCCUCUUGAAGACUUUGCGAUUCCAUACUUUCUUCAUCAUGGAGACAACCCAGGGCACACUCUCGUCUCUCAUCCACUCACUGGACAGGACAAUUAUGUGUCCUGGAGCAGAGCCAUGCUUCUCGCAAUUUCAGUCAAGAACAAGAUCGGCUUGUUGGACGGUUCAAUUUCUAAACCCUUACCUUCUGAUUCAAUUCUUUACAAUGCAUGGAUAAGAAAUAACAACAUUGUUAUAUCAUGGAUUUUAAAUUCUAUAUCCAAAGAAAUUUCAUCAAGUAUUCUUUAUGAUGAAUCUGCCUUUGCCAUUUGGAAUGAUCUUAAGGUCAGAUUCCACCAAAGAAAUGGCCCCCAUAUAUACAAUUUGAGAAAAGAUUUAAUGAAUCUCAAACAAGACAACCAAUCUGUUAGUAUGUACUUUACAAAACUUAAAACUAUAUGGGAGGAACUAACUAAUUUUAGGCCAUCUUGCACUUGCAAUGGGUGCACUUGUGGUGGAGUUAAAAGACUUCAAGAUCACUAUCAUAUGGAACACAUUAUGUCUUUUCUAAUGGGUUUGUCUGAUUCAUACUCUCAAGUUUGA